UGAGGAUGUUUUUUUUUUUUUUUUUGGAGAGAGAGAUUUCUACCAGUUGAUGUGUUUUGUUUGUUAGGCCCCUCUUUAGAUUUUCUCCGCCCCGUUUUCAUUUCCUCCCAGCUUGUUUCGUCUUCUUGCCAUACUCGAUAGAUUGAGAGAGAGACCGAGAGAAAGCAUAAUCAAUUUUCUAUGUUUUUUGAACUUUAUCCUUAAGUUUCGUGCGUUGUAUUCUUGAAUUGAAGAGUUGAGGAUCUAAGCUAGGGUUUCGUUUCUGUGGCCUUUUCUGAGUUAAGGGUGGUGGUGGUGGUGGCGGUGGUGAUGCGAAUUUGCGGAAAUUCUAGCUCCGAUCUUGAAUAUAGAGCGCGAAUCGGGAGGUUGAGUAAAUGGAUGUGGAUUCUUCUUCGAUGCUACCGGAGGGUGAUCACGAUCCGGCGGUGCAGAAUCCCAAUACGGCCUCGUCUCCUGCUGCAAUGGAGAGAGAGCAGCUAGGCGACUCGUCGCCGGCUCAGUCUCCGACGCAAACACCUCUUCAACAGCAGCAGCAGCAGCAGCAACCGGCACCUCAGAUGCAGCAGAGCCCCGUGGUGGGGCCGAGGCACGCUCCGACUUAUUCGGUUGUUAAUGCAAUUCUAGAGAAGAAAGAGGACGGACCGGGCCCAAGGUGUGGCCACACUCUCACCGCUGUUGCGGCGGUUGGGGAGGAGGGCACGCCUGGGUAUAUCGGUCCUAGGUUGAUUUUGUUUGGAGGUGCUACCGCGCUCGAGGGAAAUUCUGCAGCUUCGGGGACUCCUUCAUCAGCCGGAAGCGCCGGCAUUCGACUAGCGGGUGCUACAGCUGAUGUGCACUGUUAUGAUGUACUAACAAAUAAAUGGUCUAGGAUCACUCCCUUUGGGGAACCGCCGACACCAAGGGCUGCCCAUGUGGCCACUGCUGUAGGAACUAUGGUAGUUAUUCAGGGUGGAAUUGGUCCAGCUGGUUUGUCUGCUGAGGAUCUACAUGUUCUUGACCUCACACAGCAACGACCACGAUGGCAUAGAGUUGUUGUCCAAGGCCCUGGCCCAGGGCCACGUUAUGGGCAUGUGAUGGCUUUAGUGGGGCAAAGGUAUCUUAUGGCAAUUGGUGGGAAUGACGGAAAGCGGCCUUUGGCUGAUGUAUGGGCCCUGGAUACGGCUGCCAAGCCUUAUGAAUGGCGUAAGUUGGAACCAGAAGGGGAAGGUCCACCUCCAUGCAUGUAUGCUACUGCAAGUGCACGCUCGGAUGGUCUUCUACUGCUCUGUGGAGGGAGGGAUGCAAACAGUGUGCCACUGGCAAGUGCGUAUGGACUUGCUAAACAUAGGGAUGGUCGAUGGGAGUGGGCAAUUGCUCCUGGUGUUUCACCAUCUUCCAGAUAUCAACAUGCAGCAGUCUUUGUUAAUGCACGGCUUCAUGUGUCUGGAGGGGCCCUUGGUGGGGGACGCAUGGUAGAAGACUCUUCAAGUGUUGCAGUGUUGGAUACUGCUGCGGGCGUUUGGUGUGAUACAAAAUCCGUUGUUACUAGUCCUAGGACUGGCCGAUAUAGUGCUGAUGCAGCCGGUGGAGAUGCUGCAGUUGAAUUGACAAGGCGUUGCAGGCAUGCAGCAGCUGCAGUUGGUGACUUGAUAUUUAUUUAUGGUGGUUUACGUGGCGGGGUGUUGCUCGAUGACCUACUUGUUGCUGAAGAUCUGGCAGCUGCUGAAACAACAAAUGCUGCUUCACAUGCUGCGGCUGCUGCUGCUGCAUCGAAUGUUCAAGCAGGGCGGUCACCUGGACGCUAUGGAUUCAUUGAUGAAAGGACAAGGCAAACAAUGCCUGAAGCAGCUCCUGAUGGUGCAGUUGUGCUGGGAAAUCCAGUUGCUCCCCCCAUAAAUGGUGACAUGUAUACUGAUAUAAGCACAGAAAAUGCCAUGCUCCAGGGAUCACGGAGAAUGAGCAAAGGUGUUGAGUAUUUGGUUGAGGCAUCAGCAGCAGAAGCAGAAGCCAUCAGUGCCACGUUAGCUGCUGCCAAGGCACGGCAAGUUAAUGGAGAAGUUGAACUGCCUGACAGAGAUCGUGGGGCAGAGGCUACCCCUAGUGGAAAACCGAUAUCUACCUUAAUUAAGCCUGAUUCUGAUGUGUCAAAUAAUAUUGUUCCAGCUGGCGUUCGGCUGCAUCACAGAGCUGUUGUUGUAGCUGCAGAGACGGGUGGAGCUUUAGGUGGCAUGGUCAGACAACUUUCAAUCGAUCAAUUUGAAAAUGAAGGCAGGCGGGUCAGUUAUGGAACCCCAGAGAGUGCAACUGCUGCUAGAAAACUAUUAGAUCGGCAAAUGUCCAUCAAUAGUGUGCCCAAAAAGGUCAUAGCACAUCUUCUAAAGCCUCGUGGAUGGAAGCCUCCAGUACGCAGGCAAUUUUUUUUAGAUUGCAAUGAAAUAGCUGAUCUUUGCGACAGUGCAGAGCGCAUAUUUUCCAGUGAGCCAAGUGUCUUACAGCUGAAGGCUCCCAUCAAAAUAUUUGGUGAUUUACAUGGGCAAUUUGGGGACCUCAUGCGCCUUUUUGAUGAGUAUGGAGCACCUUCAACUGCUGGGGAUAUUGCAUAUAUCGAUUAUCUCUUCUUAGGAGAUUAUGUUGACCGAGGUCAGCACAGCCUAGAAACUAUUACUCUAUUGCUAUCUUUGAAGGUAGAAUAUCCCCACAAUGUACAUUUAAUUCGUGGGAAUCAUGAAGCUGCAGAUAUUAAUGCUCUUUUUGGCUUCCGGAUUGAGUGCAUUGAGCGUAUGGUAUGUUGCGAAAUGCAUCAAGUAGUGUCUGUGCACUCUUUUAUCAACUGGUUGCUACUAACAACUUCAUAUUUUGCUGAGCAGGGUGAGAGAGAUGGAAUAUGGGCAUGGCAUCGGAUAAACCGACUGUUCAAUUGGCUUCCUCUGGCAGCUCUAAUUGAAAAGAAAAUCAUCUGUAUGCAUGGUGGUAUUGGUCGUUCUAUAAAUCACGUAGAACAGAUCGAGAGUCUUCAGCGUCCAAUAACAAUGGAAGCAGGCUCAAUCGUGCUGAUGGAUUUAUUGUGGUCCGAUCCAACAGAAAACGAUAGUGUGGAAGGACUGCGACCUAAUGCCAGAGGUCCAGGGUUAGUUACUUUUGGGCCUGAUCGUGUUAUGGAAUUCUGCAACAACAAUGAUCUUCAGUUGAUUGUACGAGCACAUGAAUGUGUGAUGGAUGGCUUUGAGCGCUUUGCCCAGGGACAUUUGAUUACACUUUUCUCAGCCACCAACUACUGUGGUACUGCAAAUAAUGCGGGAGCAAUCUUAGUUUUGGGUAGAGAUCUGGUGGUGGUCCCAAAACUUAUUCAUCCAUUGCCUCCAGCAAUUUCAUCACCAGAAACAUCACCGGAGCGUCAUAUAGAAGAUACAUGGAUGCAGGAGUUGAAUGCUAACAGGCCUCCGACCCCAACUAGAGGCCGUCCUCAAGUAACAAAUGAUCGAGGUUCCCUUGCUUGGAUAUAGUACAUUGGUUGGAAUUGUUUUACUGAAUUCAUUCCAAGCCCAUGCUAUCACCUUGAGUUACUGUUCUGUAUAGAGCAUGAUGCCAUAUACAGGGAAUCCUGUACUUGUGAUCUUGGUUCCCUGAUAGAAAUUGGAUAGCUUUCGGAAUUUCUGGUUCUUACCGCACAAUUGGUCAGCCUUGAGAUGAAGCUGUUUGGAGAACCAGGUUGCAGGCGGCAGAUAGUUUUUUUCCUGAUGUGCUAAAAGUUACAAUUCGGGUCCGCACACCGUUUGUAAAUUGAGCCACGGGCAGGUAGAAGUCAGUCUUGGUUAUUUCUUCCAAUGGGUUGGUAGUGAUGGGUUAUUUUCCAUAAUUAAUUAUAUAUUUUUUAUUUCUUGUUUUAGGCCUAUUAAUUUUUAUUUUAUUUUUCUAUUUUGAGAGGACUCGAGGUCUUUUAUACCUGAUGGUGAGAUAUAUAUAAUCUUUGUGGACGUCCAUGUAUCAUAGAGGUGUUGCUUUGUGUAAUUUUCAUCUCUGCGUUGUACAACGCAACUUUCGUGUGAAGAUAAGUUUUUGCCCGACACAAAUGAAAAAUAUGUCAAGUUUUGGCCAUAGAA